CCGAACGAACCUCUCUCCCUCAACUCGAACGUCUCCAUCGUCGUCCGUGUCGAGGACCAUUUUUGAAAAAAUAAAAUAAAAACGAUCAUGGAUCAAGUCCGCAUUUUAAAAUAUCAACCUCAUUUCCCUCGCUCCGUCACUUUCAAAUAGACAAAAAUGAGAGCGAUUGCCGUUUCGGUAUGGAUAUUUAUAAACCUUGUAUUUUUCGGAAUGUGCGGGUACAUCUACCUGCUGUGGUCGCAGUACUGGCAUUACAUGACGAAAAGACAGCAGACGGCGGAAAACGAACUGCACAAGAUCGACCAUAGGCCGUUGGUCGACUACUAUCACGAGAAGAUGCCGAUGGAAAUUUUGCACAUGCAGAGACAAGCGGUGUUGAAACAAGUUACGACACCAGCCGCCAAACAACGGCCGAAGCCCAGAUUUAAAAGUCAUCAUAACAAACUAGAGUCGAACUGCGUUAACUGUGAUUCUUCAACGACCAAAAGAAUAGCGGCAUUUAAAAAUAGAUUAAUCAUACGGCUAAGGAGCGUAUUGCACGACGAGAGCAACGUGUUCAAAACAAAAAUCGACAACCCGUACAACGUGGAAUACCACGGGCUGCAGAAAUCUUCCAACAUCCCCCCUCACCAGCUUCUUUGUAGAUUUAAUAAAACUGUUCCGUACGUUCCAACAAUUACAGGGAAAGAGAGUGCCUUUCAGUCCUCCCCGGUCAGAUUUGCUGUACCAAAGACCAAACUGAUCGAGGACUACGAACAUUACAAUAACUGUGCAAUAGUCUCCAACUCGGGGGCGCUAAACGGCUCAAAUUUAGGUAAAUUAAUCGAUAGUCACGAUUUAGUUCUCAGGUUUAACCACGCUCCGACUAUAGGGUAUGAAAAAGACGUCGGUCGAAAAACAACAAUUAGAAUAUUAAACUCUCAAGUUGUCUCUAAAAAACACUUCAAGUUUUUAAAGAACAAGAUGUACAGCGGUAUAAAAAUACUGGUAUGGGACCCGUGUAACUACACUUCAACUUUAACACAGUGGAAAAACAAGCCAGACUUCGAUGUUUUCACACCUUAUGUGAAGCACAGGAGAGCGAAGCCGAAGACGAAUUUGCACCUACUCGAUCCGAGGAUACUCUGGACGCUGUGGGACUUCAUCCAAGCUCAUACGUCAGUCAGGAUCCGACGAAAUCCACCUUCAUCAGGGUUUUUAGGUAUCGCCUUGCUUCUUCCGCAUUGCAGCAAAAUAAGGUUGUUCGAAUAUAUCCCGUCGCUUCGAAUGACACCCAGGUGUCAUUAUUUCGACAACGAGGUGGAUUCGUCCUGCACUUUUGGAGUCUGGCAUCCUUUGGCCGCUGAAAAAAUCCUCUCUCUCGCCAUGAACGAAGAAGACGACUUUACGACUUAUCACACCGGGUUCAUAACCAUUUCCGGUUACGACUCCAUCAAAUGCGGAGCUUAAAUGGAAUUUAACAAGCUUAAAAAAAUACGAAUUGUGCUGAAGCCUUAUUUUGAAAAAAAAAUCCAAAAACCAGUCUUCCCCCAAUAAAUAUUCUUUGUAAAAUUUUAUCGGUGUAUAAAAAAUGUCUUUAUUAAAUGUUAGCGACUUGUAUGUGAUAGAACAAAAAAGUAUGGCAACAAUUUAAUAUUACAACGAACUUAUUUUUUACGUUGUAAAUGCUCUAGAAUCAAGCAUGUAAAA